CUGCACUUUAAUUCGAAGAGCUGCCGGCCAUGUUUUGUGUAUAAACCAACUUUUUCCAGUCAGUGUUUAAAGAAUCAAAAGAAUAAUUUUCGUCAGUCGAAGAUCAUGGUAAGGUUUAGUCUUCUAUGAAUCUCAAUUGUGUGAGUAAUUUAGAUUGAAAGGCUCAUAAUAGUGGCCAUGUCAGGAGGUUACCACGAUAGGACAGCCCUUCGGUUGGUUUGCAUGUUCAUCUUUUUCCCAUGUUCGUAAAAUUUACAUUUCCGAUCUAUUUUUUCAAACGUUAAUCAAGAUUACCUAUAUAGAUCUAUGAAUUGAAAUACAUCUUAAAUGAACCGCCGUCACUUUAAUGUAUUUCAUGAGAACAGCCAGAAUACGUUGUCUAAAAAGGCUUGAAUUUGCGCAACGGAAUGCGUGCACGUACCACGAUAAGUGUACGUACAAGUUUCACGCUUUUGAAGUUUUUUUUUAUAUAAUAUUAUAUAUAAACAAAGCUUAAUUCAUUGCUUAGGUUUUCUCUGUUCCCUGUAUUUAGAUUUGAUUUGUAUGUGCCUUUCCAAUUCUAGGAAAUUCCAAAGGCAAAUGCAAAUCCACAACGAGUGGCCUUGAAAGAAACACAAGACCUAAAAGUAAGACUACAACAAAUUCAACUAUCGACAUCGAAUAGCCAGGUUUGUCAAAAAGGACAGAAUGCUACUUUGUUUACAUGUAACGGCUCCCACAAAACUCUUCCCGGUGGUCAGUUAAAUCAAAAGAAAGGAGCAGGUUACAAAGCAUCUGAAAAACCAGAACAAUGCAGCUCUGUGCAGAAACAAAAUUACAUAUCAGCUCAACGAACAGAUCAUCUGGUCGCUCCUACUGGACAUAGAAAAGACGAGAACAAGGAAAAUGAACCGAAAGACGGCGGAAAACCAAAGAGUGCAAGGUACCUAAAUUACUUUUCUUUAGUUUCAUAGGUAGAAAUUAGAGAGCGAUUAUUGUAGUAAAUCAGAUGUAUUUUCAUUCACCUUUUUAGGGCAUGUUGGUGUUUGGAUGACUUUGAUAUUGGGAAACCUCUAGGAAAAGGUUAGUACAUGAUCCACCAUCUUUUGUCCAAUUUGAUCAUGAGACUAUGGUUUAAUGAAUUUACGUUACACAUGAAUGUUUUCAGGAAAGUUUGGCAAUGUUUAUCUGGCAAGAGAAAAAAAGAGCAAAUAUAUUGUGGCCCUCAAGGUAAGAUAAUAAAGGCUUCCAGAUUUCAUAUUUCCUACUCUUGUGUUUGGUUUUUCUGAUAAACAUUAGGAUGAAAUCCCACUUUGAGAAAGACAUUAGGGUACUUAUCCUCAGGCUCUGGUUGGGUGGUUAUUGAAAUGGCCAUGAAAUUCAUGGUUGUAGGGGCCGUCAUUAUAGAGUAAGGUACCGGGGGGUUACUUGGUUUAAUAUUUGCUGGAUAUGUGCCACUGGCCUCUCAGAACCCCUGCCCAUGAAAGUCUAUUCACCCUUCUGCCCCUCCUACUUAAACUUAAAUAAGCAGUAUCUGCUUCUCGGGCGACAUACCCAUUUGCCGGCGUUACGAUGUCGGACCUUGAGGAUGCAGCACCAUAGAAUUCACUUACUGACUUGAGUGACAAUGAGAUUGAAAUUGAAAUUAAGUACUAAUAACAUACUUCCCCAAAGACAGAAUUUUCUUCAGAUUAUUUUACAGAAACCUUGCUUUGUUACAUCUUUGGAUUUUGAUAUAACCAUUUAUUGUUUUGUUGCAAAAUAAACAUACUACACUUGCUGAAAAUGGUGAAAAUUUAAUAAGCGCCCAGCCUCUAUUAAGCGCCCACCUCGAAUAAGUGCCCUCUCUCAAGGUCCAAAAAUUUAACAAGUGCCCAUGGCGAUUAAUCAAAUAAAUACGGUAAGUCACUUUCUGUUAAUGCAUCUACGUUACAACCUACCAUAGGUCAUCCUGAAAUGAACUGACACAAUUGUUAAACCUAAUGUGGUGAAAAUCUUUCUAUUUUUAAAUACCUACAUUGUAACCUGCCUGCAAAAACAGAUGUCUCUCCUCCCCAUCGCCGCUGAAGGAUGUUUCAUGAGAAGGAACAUAUGUGACUCAGCAACAGAAAUUCCAUACUGAGGACAUAAAAUAUGUUCAGAAUCCAGUCAUAAGUGCUGAUUGGAUGACGGAGUAGUUGCAUUGUUUUAGCUAUCGUUUAUGAAUGACAGACAAAAGGCUACAAAGGUCAAAUGUAAGCGAGAUGAAUCUAUAACAAAACAGUCAAUAUUUGUGAAAUGCAUUCUUCUCUAGAAGAAGCAUGUGAGUUUUGCUGGAGCUUAUUUAGCAUAUGAACACAACACUUUACCAAAGUCGACCAGGAGAAAUUUAAAGUUGAACAAAUUUGCAAUUUGAACUCCAUUACUUAACAGAUUUAUUAUGUGAACAUUGAUUUACAUCAUCAGAAUGCAUGGAAUUUCUGUCCCUGAGUCGCAAACGUUCCUCCUUGUAAAACGUCCCCAGUGGUAAGGAGCGAGGAGAAACGGCUGUUUCUGCAGGCUAGAAUUUUCUGACCCCUAAAAUCCUGAAAAUAUGCGACCCCAUUCUAGUAACUCUUAUAAAAAUGCAACCCUGCAAUAGUCAAUCCAGUCAUGAAAAUGCAAUCCCAUCCAACGGCACAUACAUAAGCCUGCUAUAAGUAAGUACCCCAUCCCUCCCCCCGCCAGGAGUAAAUUAAGUAAAGACUUUUUUUAGCGACACAUGUCAAAUGGAAGUGGACUUUUUGCAUAAAAACAUUUGGCAAAACAAAGCUGGUAAGGGAAAAGGCCUCCCUUCCAGUUGACAUGCAUCAGUUAAAAACAUCUUUGCUUUAAUUAUCUCCCUAUUAUUUUGUAUGUAUUAAAGGGGGGCAAGGAAAUAUUGUAAAUUGCAACUGAAGAUAAAAACUUCUGCAAGGACCCAAAAUGGAAAGUGUCUCUCUUUCNGGAAGUGGACUUUUUGCAUAAAAACAUUUGGCAAAACAAAUCUGGUAAGGGAAAAGGCCUCCCUUCCAGUUGACAUGCAUCAUUUAAAAACAUCUUUGCUUUAAUUAUCUCCCUAUUAUUUUGUAUGUAUUAAAGGGGGGCAAGGAAAUAUUGUAAAUUGCAACUGAAGAUAAAAACUUCUGCAAGGACCCAAAAUGGAAAGUGUCUCUCUUUCAAUCAGUAAUUUAAUUUUGCAACCCCAUCCCCACCAUACUUUUUAGGUAGUGGUGCAAUUUUGGGAGAACAUGACUAAAAAAGAGUCAAGUUUUGGAUAUUUUAAAAUUUCAUGAGAGUUUUGUUUUUUUGUUUUCAAUCUGGGUGCAAUGCAGUUGAGGCAUCAGCUUGAUUGCAUUUUAAAGCAAUUAAGUUUUGUCACUUGAUGGGCUACUAUAUUAAAACUGAGGCAAACAACUAAUAUUAAAUAAGGUGGAUCCAAACUCAUUCACUAAGGCAUGUUGGGGAUGGAUUGGUCUUCAUCAGUGCCAAAAAUAUUACAAGAAGUGAUCUUUAUUUUCGUUGGGUUAUAUUCUCUUACCUAUUUGGAUCCUUGAAAUAAUUCCAUCUUUUUAGAAGCUUUCUCUCCAACACGACAUAAAUUAUUCAUAAGACAUCUCGCAGAACCUAAAACAAUGACCUUCCCUAUUUAUUUUGUAAAAAAUCAAGCCCUACCCCACCUCCUCUAACCACCCUUGACCUGCCCUUCAAUAUUUUGCAUUUCAAAUUAUUUGUCUGUUGCUUCCAGGUUUUGUUCAAAUCACAACUAGAAAAAAAUCAUGUGGAACAUCAGCUUAGAAGAGAGAUUGAAAUUCAAUCACAUCUCAGGUAAAUGUUAAAAGUUUCAUUUAUCUUCUAUCUAACUAGGCAAGACAUUUUUGCUACAGUGAAACCUUAUGGGAAAGAGGUGUAUACAUUAUAGACUGGGUCAGAAUUUAAAUGAAGUUUGGGGAAGGGGAAGUCAGUCUGAACAAGAGUUAGUGUCCAUGCAUGAGAGAGAGAGAGGUGUGUCUAUCUAGAUUGUUCAUAUAGGGAGAUAAAUAAAGCACAUACAUGUUUGCAUUCAAGUCAAACCACUAGCCAUUUUACAUAAAGAACCUAAAGUCUUACAAUUUAUUUUUGUUUUAACCCCCUAAGCCCCAAUAUCCAAAUACAAAAUUCUCCAGACUGAUCUCCACACAUUUCCUUGAAGAAUUGGUUAAGAGAAUUUGUUUGUAUAUCAAAGCUUUUCCCAUCAGGGCCGGGUUCCCUUGAAAGAUGGUUUACUUUAACCCAGGAUUAAGCCAAACUUUAAGCAAGGUUUUCUCAUCUAAGAAUAUCCAACUUGAACUUACAACAUACCAUUGAGCCUUUACUCCAAGAUACAGUAAAGUCAACACAAAAUGUUACUCUAAGCAAUACAUAGAAAUUAAGGUAAAAUAUAAAAACGGAACAAAAUUUUUAUCCUGGAUUAACGCUAAACGGCCUUUCAGGAACUGCGUCCCGGUGAUUAUUUUGCUAAUUCUCACAACAUUUUGCUUUGAUUAUUUAGUGAUUUUGUUGGGACAAAAUUGACUUGGUCACUCUUGGGUCUUAAUGCAAAAACCUUUGUCCAAUUGUCCGGGACAGGAAGAAGCUUACAUGUAGUUCGGACAUGUAAACCUUUGACAUGACUGGUCUGUGGGAAAAGCACAUUUCUAAUAAUUAGAAAAAAAAGAUUGUCUUCAAAUUACAGUAGAAUUAAAAUUCAUCUUAAAAGUCAUAAAUGCAAACCUCAUACAACUUCGCCAUUCAAUGGUCAUUUCAUUUGUUUUUGAGAGCUCCGUAUUUACUAUUAGGCUUAAGCCAAAAACAAGGGUAAUAACGUGAUUAAAAACGUCAAAUACCCGAUUGUUUUUUAGUUUCGAGCUAAAAUUAACUUUUUGGACUUUACAAGAUCUCUUCGGUUUAGACAAUCAAAUUUAAUGUACAUGUAGUGCUUCCCUGAAGGGCAAGUGGAUCGGAAGAUUUUUCUCUUACCCUGUAAGGUAAUUACUAUAGUAUACUUUAAUUGCUUAGUGUAUUAACAAUUUCUGAACUUCCAUUUUUUUAUAGACAUCAUAAUAUUCUCCGUUUGUUUGGAUACUUCUAUGAUAAAACAAGAGUUUAUCUGAUUUUGGAGUAUGCUCCAAAAGGCGAGCUCUAUAAAGAGUUAACAAAGAUGGAGAGAUUUGAUGAAAAAACAUCAUCAAAUGUAAGUACCAGUUUUUGAAUGUUAAGUGUUGGUUAUUUCUUGCUGCAAUUUGUUGUCUGGAAAAGUAAUACAUGUUUAGAUUGAUUUUUUUUAAAAAAAUGAAUUCUUUCUUUUGUAUUACAAGUGUAGCCUUUUACCGAUUUUAAAUUUAGUAUUAUAUGUACAGUACAACCCACAGUAAAUCGAGUUAUCAGGGUAAAUUUCAGUGAAAUUUUGAUCAAAGGAAAGGAAAUUUAGCUUUGAGUUAGAGGAGAAUUCAAGUUAUCCAAGUUUGAGUUAUCGAGGUUCUACUGAAUAUGUGUAUUUUUUUUUCUGGACAUCUUUCAUUUUACUGUAUAUAAUCUAACCUAGGCUUAUUUAGUAUUAAUUUUUUAGUCUUGGUUUGGACCUUUCUUUAAACCAAGCCAAUGUGAUGAAACCUUCCUAAUAAAAGAUUAUUAUUAUUAUUAAGUAUUAUUCAUUCAUUCAAUCUGAUUAAUAAUAAAAUUAAUAUCAUUAUAGUCAUGGGUAAGUUGUGUUUUGAUUUGAAUGAUUUCACCUGCAGUAUAUUCGCCAGUUGGCUGAUGCUCUGAAGUAUUGUCAUUCAAACUUUCACUAAGUGUCUCUGUAGUUUGGUCUUUUGAAUGAAGAACCUGAUUUCCAAACCGUUACAAUGUACAGAAGAGAAAUUUAAAGAUUUUCAACAAAAGGUUCAUCGAACGUCGACGACUUAAACCAUUAGCAAGUCACUGACUUUGCUUAGCACCAGCAAGAGUUGUUCGUGAUCAUAAAACUGCAAAGCCUUUCAGCUGUUCAGCCAUGUCCUCUGCAUUUGACACCAUCAGGGAUCUUAAUAACCUGUUGCUUUCAAGAGUUCUGGGUUAAACUCAUCUUCUUCUUCUCUGUCCACCUCAGGGUCCAUUUAAUAAUUGAUUUAGUUAUGUAAUAUGGUGACUGUGAGAUAAGUUAUAAUAAAAAGAGCCAUUUGGGAAAUCCAAACAGGGAUAAAAAUUUAUGGUAAAUAUGGCAAGUAUAAAUCUGGAAUUUGAUAGAGGGUCACUUAAUAGAGGUUUGAUUGUAGUUAAGAAAAAUAUUUAUUUCUUUAUUUUUCUUUUUCACUUGUAGUUCUGUGGGGGGCCAUUAUAAAAACUAGCAGGUCACUGGUAGUAAUGCUUCCACCCCUUUGUUUAAUAAAGAUAUCAAAAUAAUACUAUUUGGGAUAUUGAGAGCAUUUAUAAUUUACUUGGGCUUGCAGGGAGACCUUAAAAUUGCAGAUUUUGGAUGGUCCGUCCAUGCACCUUCAUCCAGGUAAACAAACCCCUGUUCUCUUUCCUUAAACAUCAAAAUAACAGCAACUUUUACAUUACCAAUAUUAAAUUAAUUUAUUUUCAAGUAUUACAGCAAGGAGCCCAAAAGUGUGACCACUUUUGAUUUAUUCACAUUCUCUUGUACAACCUCGUUCCCAGGGUUCUCUCCUACCCACCCUACGGAGCUCCGUAGGGCGGGUAGAAGAGAACCCUGGGAACGAGGUUGUCUCUAGUACAGAUUUAAUCCAAUCAGAAGCCAGCUGGAAACUGUCCUCGACUUCUGAUUGGUUAAUGUCUGCAUGAAAGAAUGUGAGUUAAUUAAAGGAGAUCAGACUUUUGGGCUCCUUGCUGUAAUUUAAUGACAAGGUAAUUUGCACUGAUAGAUGCCAUGUACAUUUAUUAUAUUCCAGACAUGUUGACUUAUUUUUAAUUAUAAGAAAUUUUUUUUGCCUGAAAUAAUGUACCACAUAAAAUUUCAGACGGACAACACUUUGUGGGACUCUGGACUAUCUUCCCCCAGAGAUGAUUGAAGGCAAAGAGCAUGAUGAAAAGGUAAAUAAAGUUUGUUUUUAACCUUCACAACUACAUAUAUUGUUCCCUCAGUAGAUCCUAUUAUUAUAAGUUGUUCAACAGGUUCUUGAUACCUGUAUUCUCCAUUUAAUGUAAAAAAAAAAAGACAGUCCCAAAGAAACUCUGGUCAAUACUUUUUUCACUAUAUAAAUAAAGUGGAAAUCCUGUGAAAUGUGUAUUGCACUCUUAAAAAGGAAACUCCCAGCCUGUGGCUUGAAUGCAAAUUCUAUAUCAUGUUGGCUUUAUAAUUACAAGCCUGUGAACACAGACGUAUUUCUGGUCAUCGCUUCUCCGUCUCCACCCAAAAAUAGCAAUGACCAGAAAUGCAUCUGUCUCUGCAGGCUACCUGUAUAUAAUUCAACACCAAUACUUUGUUCCAGGUUGACCUUUGGAGUCUGGGUGUCUUAUGUUAUGAAUUUCUGGUUGGAAAACCACCUUUUGAAGCUGAAGGUCAUCAAGAAACGUAUCGCAGAAUUUCAAGGGUGAGCAGACCAGUAGUGUAGGAGCUGCUCGUAAGGUGUUUCCUCAUCGGUCGCAGAAAACAAACUAAACACAGCAUUGUUUAUCAUUAACAUCCUCCACACACAAUCCAGAUAGCAUUAUCACAAUAUAAUUUAAGACUCAUAAUAUUUAUUGUUGCACGAUCUUCCAGUACCUUAGUUUCUUGUUGGCCCUGUCCCCUGCACAAUACUUGUGUGAGGGGGACUUUCUUCCUUUGUUGAGUGUUAAGACAGGGAAGUUGGAUAUUAAAUAUUUCAAAACUUGUUCUUUGCCACAAAAAAUAGAUUAUGUAAAACCCCUUUUUUACUUUGCAAUCAUGAUGAACAUGGAAAGAAUUUCACCAUACAGGGUGCAAAGAAAAUCAUUUUUACAGCUUGCCAUUUGGGUAAGCUGAAGCUAGUAUUUACUAGCCCAGAUGUCAUUUCAACUAGCCCCAAAAGCUUUUUGAUGAGCAGAAUUGAUUUCGCAGUUCUUCUGUUAUUCGAAUUCCUCAAAAAAAACAUCACUUGCCCGUCGGGCAAGUUAAAAACAGAAUUCACUAGCCCGAUAGCAAAAUUUACUAGCCCCAGGCUAUUGGACACAACUUUCUUUACACACUGCCAUACAUGUAAACCAUGUGCAUUAUUAAAAUUUCUGCCAUUAUGUUAUGUAUUCUUGACUCUCACAAGGAGACUGAAUAUGAACCAGUAAAAAGAUCUUUCUUUUUGAUGAGUUCUUUUCUCUGUUUCUGCUUCAUACAACAGUUGUCAGCAAGAAAUGUUUUUGAAAUAGGUUUUAACAAUAUAAACAGGGUAGAAAUGACUAUGAUAAAUACAUGGACAUGUACCCUUCAAAUGACAAUGAAAAUGUGUCUUUUUUCUUAGGUUGACCUCAAGUUUCCUGACCAUGUGUCUGAAGGGGCUAGGGACCUUAUUUCCAGGGUGAGAACAGACAUUUAUAAUUAUUUACAACAACAUCUCAUUCUUGUAACUUCAUAUUACUAAAACUGUCAACUAGAUAAGGCAAACACCACAGGGCUUGACGCUGAGUGUCGAUCUUAAAAAGGUGUUGACCUUAUAAUUACAGAAAAUGAUUGAAGAAAGGUAGAGACUAACUAUCAGGCCCAGGUGUCCAUUAAAAGACGUACAGUUGAUUGUAUUGCCCAUCUUUUUCAGAUUACAGGAAAUAAUAUGAAUUACAAGAAUUACAUGUAACAAACACUAUGGUUGUUUUCUUGUUUCUACACAGCUUCUAGUUCAUGACCCCAGAAAAAGGCUGCCUUUGAGUGGCGUUCUAGCUCAUCCUUGGAUCAGAAACAAUGCACAACCUCCAACAAUGCUGCACCCUCCACCAGUAUAGCAACAAAGCAUGAGUUCAAUAGAUUAAUGUACAUUUAAAUUUGUGCAAAUAGAUGUAUCGUUGUAUUACCCCUACCCAUGUAAAUAGAAGGGUGCCAAAAUACAUUCCACUUCCACUGAAACAGAGAAGUCGCUCUUUCUGUUCAAGUUGAACAAGGAGAGAAUUCAUAUAAAUAUUACAACAGCUCCCAUUAGCAAAGUAAACAUGGCCCACAUUACUUAGCAACUGUCUUUAUUGUGCCAGUAAGUCCAGACAGAUACAUGUUAAGGACACAAAUGUGUCUUGGAAAUGUCUUUUUUGUAGAAAAAUGUUAAACAUGAUGACAACAAGUCUAUUUGUUCUUGACUAGAUUAUUUUACUGGCAACUUGUUUUGACAUAAAUAAAGUUUAAUAAACUAAAAUAGAACUUAGCUAGGCUUUAAUAGCAAGAAUGAUGAAUGUUUCUAGCAUUUUUGUUGCAUACCUAGUUUAAAUUAGUGAUGACUAUUAUUAAUACUUUCUACUAUAAUAAAGUAAUCAAUCAUCAUCUACGGUUCCACUUAUCUUUGUGAGUGUACACUUGCUUGAGUUUAUCAUAUAAGGUUCACUAAGCUCAGGAAAUGAACUAGUGUUCCGUCAGGAUCAAAGUAAUUCAUUAUACCCCUGGUGUUUAUGUUUAGUUUACUGAACUGAACUCCAGC